AUGCUGGACCGCUCCGACUGCCUUCAGAACCACGGCGUAAGGCUGCAGCAGGAGCUGGCGGCAGAGCACGCCACUCGACUGGUUCGGCACGCCGCUGACCUGGAGGAGGAGGCCAAGCGCUCCGAGGCCAAGGCUUUCUACCUGGCCAAAGAGGCGGAGCACCUACAAGGUGGGGCUGGGGUGGUUGGCAUGGACAUUGUCAUGCUGAACCGAGUGGCAGAUGCGCUGGAGGCGCAGCUGGCGGGAGAAAUCCAGGAAGCAAGGAAGGAUCAGAAGGCUGCAGAGGAGAAGCUUUGGGUUGCGACGCAGCUGGAGGAGCGCCGGCGACAGCUGAAAGCAGAGGCGCUCUCCCUCAGCGAGCGGGCAGAUGAGCGGGCGGCACGUGCAGAGCUGCGUUUCCCACAAGCGGAGCAGGCUGUGCACCAUGUGGAGACCACCAGAAGCACAUUCAUUCAGGCUCGCCGCAACUCUAGCUUCAUGCAUGCCAGGGCUGAGCACCUGGAGAGGCAAGCAGAGGCAGUGGCCAAGGGCGCCGAGGCGCUGAUGCAGCGUGCCAGUGAGAAGGCGACAGAGGCGCUGGAGGUCAAGCGCCGAGCUCAAGGCGCCGCUGUGGAGCGCCUCGCUGAUGACCUGGAGCAGCCAAAGAAAGGCGUGGCAUCGGCAGACCUCCACACUGCUCAAUCAGCGGAAGAAGCACACAGGCAAGCCUGA